CCGAGCGAGGCGCGGGUCCGUGUAGCGCGCGAGUUGGGAGCUUUGGCCACAGUGAGAGGGAGGAAACGCGAAGCCCCCAGCGCUUGAGAGCCUUGGCUUUCGGGGUGUGUGUGGGGGAGCACCCUGGUAAAUGUGAACAUGGACCCUGUUGGCGGAGCCCUUCUCAAGAUGCUCUUUCUUUUGUCUGCUCAGUCCUGGAGCACAGUAGUAGCGGGGGAUACUUAUAGCUGUGAUGCACCACUGGCAUCUGCCCUGCCCCGGGAGUCCUUCAGCAGCUCCUCACAGCUGUCCCCCAGCCAUGGGCCGGGGUUUGCAAGUCUUAAUCGCAGAGACGGAGCUGGUGGUUGGACUCCCCAUGUGUCAGACAAAUACCAAUGGCUGCAGAUUGAUCUUGGAGACAGAAUGGAGGUCACAGCUGUGGCCACCCAGGGAGGAUAUGGGAGUUCUGACUGGGUGACCAGAUACCUCCUGAUGUUCAGUGACAGUGGGAGGAAUUGGAAGCAAUAUCGAAGAGAAGAAAGCAUCUGGGGCUUUCCAGGAAACUCAAAUGCAGACAGCGUGGUGCACUGCAGACUCCAGCCUCCCUUGGAAGCCAGGUUCCUUCGCUUCCUGCCUUUAGCCUGGAACCCCAAGGGCAGGAUUGGGAUGAGAAUUGAAGUGUAUGGAUGCAUAUACAGAUCUAAGAUGGUUAAUUUUGAUGGAAAAAGUUCCUUGCUAUACACAUUUAAUGAGAAAUCCAUGAACUCCUCAAAAGAUGUCAUUUCUUUGAAAUUUAAAACCAGGCAGGCUGAUGGGAUUCUACUCUACAGAGAAGGACAAAAUGGCAAAAGCAUCACCUUGGAGUUAGUUAAUGGAAGACUCAUCUUACAUCUUAAUUCAGGCAGUGCUAACCUGUCCUCCUCUGGUGCCCAAGGGACCCUGAGCCUGGGUAGCCUGCUGGAUGACCAGCACUGGCACUCUGUCCUUAUUGAGCUCCUCAGCUCCCAAGUCAACUUCACCGUCGACAGGCACACACAUCAUUUCCAGACAAUGGACACGCCUAGAUUUUUGGAUCUUGCUUACGAGAUCAGUUUUGGAGGAAUUUCUGGGCAUAAAAAAUCAGUGGUGCUCCCACAUAAAAACUUUCAUGGUUGUUUAGAAAAUCUCUACUAUAAUGGAGUGGAUAUCAUUGACUUGUCCAAGAAAAACAAGCCACAGAUCCUCAGAAUGGGAAAUGUCACCUUCUCUUGUUCACACCCUGAACCUGUCCCUGUAACUUUUCUGAGUCCCAAGAGUUACUUGGCUCUACCAGGCACUUCUGAAAAGAGUUUAGUGUCUAUCACUUUUCAGUUUCGAACAUGGAACAGAGUAGGGCUCUUGGUGACCAGGCAUUUUGAACGUGGGUCAGGCACUAUCAGCCUGGCUCUAAGUGAUGGAAAACUCAAGCUGAGUCUCUCUCAACCUGGACAACCCAUGAAAGACAUCACAGCAGGUGCUGCACUGAAUGAUGGGCAGUGGCAUUCUGUAUCUGUAUCAGUCAAAGGGAUUCACCUGAACGUGAUGGUAGACAGUGAUACAGCCUCUAUGACUCAUUCCCUUCAUGGACAGAUUCGUUCUAUUGACACCUAUUAUUUGGGGGGCUGUCCUGACAUCAGUUCUGACUUUGGAUGUGAAGGUUUCCAGGAGGGAUUUCAGGGUUGCCUGAGGCUCAUCUCCAUUGGUGACAAGGUCGUGGACCUCAUUGCAGUACAGCAGGGGGUGCUGGGGAGUUUCCGUGACCUCCAGAUAGAUACCUGUGGCCUCACAGACAGGUGCUUGCCCAGCUAUUGUGAACAUGGAGGUGAAUGUUCCCAGUCGUGGGACACCUUCUCCUGUGACUGCUCACACACUGGCUACACAGGUGCAACCUGUCAUUCCUCACUCUAUGAACAGUCUUGUGAAGCCUACAAGCACAGAGGAAACUCUUCAGGCCUCUACUAUAUUGAUUCCGAUGGCAGUGGACCUCUGGAUCCAUCUCUUGUAUAUUGCAACAUGACAGAUACCACAUGGACCUCUGUGCAGCAUGAUGGCUCUCGUGUCACUAAAGUUAAAAGCUUCAGGGGACAAAUUCCCCACCCUGUGUUUUUUAAGUACACAGCCAACAUGGACCAACUCCAAGCCAUAAUUGACCAUGCAGAACAUUGUCAACAGGAGUUGUCUUUUCACUGCAAGAAAUCACGGUUCUCAACACGCCAAGAUGGGACCCCAGUGAGCUGGUGGGUUGGAAGAACCAAUGAAACACACACUUACUGGGGAGGCUCUUUGCCUGAUGCUCAAAAAUGCACUUGUGGAUUAGAGGGAAACUGCAUUGAUUCUCAAUAUUACUGCAACUGUGAUGCUGACCGGAAUGAAUGGGCCAGGGACACGAUUAUUCUUUCCCAUAAAGAGCAUCUUCCAGUGACUCAGAUUGUGACGACAGACGCAGACCGACCACAUUCUCAAGCAGCAUAUUCCCUGGGUCCUCUGCUCUGCCAGGGAGACAGUUCAUUCUGGAAUUUAGCUUCCUUCAAUACUGAAACAUCUUACCUUCAUUUCCCAACAUUUCGUGGAGAGCUUAGUGCUGAUGUGUCUUUCUUUUUCAAGACAAUAGCUCCUUCUGGGGUAUUUGUAGAGAACCUGGGAAUCACAGACUUUAUCAGGCUGGAGCUCCGUGCUCCUAGAGAAGUGACCUUUUCUUUUGAUGUGGGAAAUGGACCUUGUGAGGUCACGGUGAAGUCCCCUACUCCCUUUAAUGACAAUCAGUGGCACCAUGUGAGGGCAGAGAGGAACAUUAAAGAAGCAUCUCUUCAAGUGGAUCAACUUCCUCUGGAGACGCAGUCAGCCCCUGCUGAUGGGCAUGCCCGUUUACAGCUCAACAGUCAGCUAUUUGUGGGUGGAACAGCGACUAGACAAAGAGGUUUCCUGGGGUGCAUUCGGUCCCUGCGGUUGAAUGGACUGGCCCUGGACCUGGAAGAAAGAGCCAUGAUGACGCCAGGAGUAGACCCAGGGUGCCCAGGGCACUGCAGCAGCUAUGGGCAACUGUGCCACAAUGGAGGGCAAUGCAGAGAGAAGCACAGAGGGAUCACAUGCGACUGUGCCUCCUCGGCCUAUGAUGGGCCUUUCUGCUUGGAUGAAAUUUCUGCAUACUUUGCAACUGGCUCAUCGAUUAUCUACAGUUUUCAAGAGUAUUACAAUCACAGUUUCACUAAGAACUUCAGCUCCUUUGCAGCAUUACUCAGUGAGGAUCUAACAUUGACCAGAGAGAUGGCCACAGUGAGCUUUCGGACCACAGGGACUCCCAGUUUACUGCUCUAUGUGAACUCUCUCUCUGAGGAAUACCUUUCUGUUAUUCUAGCCCCAAAUGGAAGUUUGCAGCUCAGAUAUAAAUUAGAUAGACACCAGGAGCCGGAUGUCUUUAAUCUUGGUUUUAAAAACAUGGCUGAUGGUCAAUUUCACCAGGUGACGAUUAUCAGAGAAGCGGCCGUGGUCUUUAUAGAGGUUAACCAGAAUGCAAGGACACAAGUCAUCUUGUCUUCAGGAACAGAAUUCAAUGCUGUCAAAUCCCUUACACUGGGGACAAUUUUAGAGUCUCGUGGCGCAGAUGCAGACACGUUGAGGGCUGGGGCGCGUGGCUUCACCGGUUGCCUCUCGGCGGUGCGCUUUGGCCCAGUGGCUCCGCUCAAGGCGGCUCUGCGCCCCAGGGGCUCCGCCCAGGUCACUGUCCGCGGACACGUGGCCGCUGUCUCCGGCUGCAUGGAGCGGGCGGGGCGCGGAGUCCCUACACCUGAGGCGACCCGCCCACUCGCGGGUGGGGCAGGUCGUUCUGGACACGCAGAUGAGGGAGAGCCUUUAGUUAAUGCGGACAGAAGUGACUCCGCGGUCAUAGGAGGUGUGAUAGCAGUUGUGAUAUUUAUCUUGCUUUGCAUCACUGCCAUAGCGAUACGCAUUUAUCAACAGCGAUGGCUAUACAAAAAAAAUAACUCGGAUACCCCCCCAAAUGAAGACAAUGCUGAGACCGCUCUGAAAAGUGAACUCAACAUGCAAAGUGGAGUCAGUGAAAGCCAGAAAGAGUAUUUCUUCUGAUAAGCAGCAGUCAUUUACUGCCAUUGCUAUGAUGACUGACUUCCUUGUUCAGCAAGGACUCUCUCUUCUCCUGGGACAGGCAAUGGGUGUGCAAUGCUGAGAACUGGAACACAUCAUACCCAGCCUCAGGUGCCAUCCUGGGAGGCUCUGCUCUGUGCUUCUUCAUGAUCCAUGACACAGGGACUGCAGUAUGUCAUUAAUCACAAUGGCACUUUCUCACAGUUCUGACCUAAUCUUUCCCAAAUUGAAAUGUAUUUUGCAUAAUAGCUUUGGGUUUUAUAUGAGACAAGAGCAAGGAUUUGAGCUGUGACUCACCUCUCUUUAAAAAAAAAAAAUUCAACACCGAAGUUUAUAAACAUCUAAGUUGAUUUCUAAA